AGUACCAAAGAUAAUGCGUUAUACGUCAAUAUGACAGUUUAGAAUAUUUAUGUUAUAUAUUGUGUUUACAAAGGUAUUAUAAAUAAAUCAUGGCCCUAACAGCAGAGGCUGAAGUGGAGAAGAUGAAGAUCUUGGAGAAGAGGAUCAAGGCUCCUUCGAUCUGGGGACGGCUGCCGUGCGGCAUCAGGUUCGAAGACCUGCAGUCCAAUAGCUACGACGACGCUGUCAGACUGUUGAAGAAACAUUAUUUACCUGAAGAGAUAACCUACAGAUCAGUAAAGCUAUCAGAAGACAAAGAGGGUACAGAUGAGUUCGUCCACAACGUUCGGAUAUGGAUGAAAGACAAAAUGUCCAUAGCAGCUGUGAAGGAGGGCACGGACAAACUGGUCGGUGUACUCAUCUUGAGGAUACAGGAGAAACACGCAUUCUCUAGAACAUUUAGCCGUGUGAAAAUUACCCACAAUCCAAACUACACUUCGGUGAUGAAGUUCUACAACGAGAUAGAGAAGCCGGUGAACAUUUACGAGAAGUUGGGCGUCAAGAGGUAUUUCAAAGUGUAUAUAGUGGCUUUGAAAGGAAGGUACAGACAUCGAGGUAUAGCAAAGGAAAUGUUGAAGGCAGCCGUAGCUUUGAGCGCGAGCGCCAGUGUGCCAGCAUUGUCUGGUAUAUUUACCACAGCCCGAUUGCAGCAAAUAGCUGAGGAGAUCGGCUUCACUAAGCUAAACGAGAUAUACUAUAUCAGAUAUUUGAUCGAUGAACAAAUAGUAUUCUGGGACACGGGCCUUGGUAACUACGGCGCGGCGCUCAUGGCCUACCGCAUUCCCGACGUGGAGGAGCCCCAGGAGUUGCGCACGCAGCACUCUUCCAGGUUCACCAUACAGCCUUUAGAAGAUGAUGAUGAGUUAUGAUGAAUAUACUUUUACACACA